CACCAGACGCACGCAUCAGCUCAGCUCUUUUCCACCCCGAAAAAUCUCUUUCGCUUCUUCGGUCUUUCGUCACGAGGAGGGGAAAGGAAAAAAAAAGUGGACGCGAGUGCAGAUUUAUUUUGCCGGCAAUGUGUCCAGCCUCGUCGUCGCCGUGAGCUGCCUCUGCGCAAGCAGCGCUGCGUCGAAGCAUCAUCGUUCGGACGUCUGUCGAACAAAGAGCAAAAAAGAACAAAAGUUCGCCGCCACCCCCGCCGCUGCCUGCCCGCGCGCCCGCUUUGCAGACCUUGUCGUGCUGCUGCUGCUGCUGCUGCUUGCUGCGGCACUGUGGCUCAGGCACGGUCUCACGAUACUUUCAAUUGGCGCUGGUUAGGGCUCUCGCUUGGUAAACAAGCUCUGCCGGCGGGCUGGACCGGUGGACGGACUACUACUACGUACUGCCCGGUCGUCUGGACGGCAGGCAAUUCAACCUGGGGAACUCGGACACACAAAAACAGAUCACGCGACCUCGUCGCCCUACCGACCUUUAUUAUCGUCGCUCCUCCGUCGUUUCGACACGUUCCAGCUCAUCCCCUUCUCUCUUCCCCCCCUCUUGCUUCUUCUCAUCGGUUCGUCGGCGGCGUCGAGGCACCUCGUCUCGCCCCAGCGCGUUCUUGGUUGCCGUCGCCGCGCGACUCAGUCCUGUAUCCUCAGCCCCCACAGCACCCCAGGGCCAGUGCACCUGCACCAUGAAGUUUGGACGGAACCUCCCGCGCAACCAGGUGCCGGAGUGGGCGUCGUCUUACAUCAACUACAAAGGCCUGAAGAAGCUCGUCAAGGCCGCGGCGGACAAGGCUCGUAACGGAGAGGCAGUAGACCCGGCAGGUGGGCGGAACCCCCUGUUGACCGCAUCUCGUCAACAUCCCCCGAGGGGCUGGACCCUGAUCCCCUAACUCAACCCUGCAGAACUCUUCUUUGCCCUCGACCGCAAUCUCGAGGAUGUCGACUCCUUUUACAACAAGAAGUAUGCUGAGGCGUGCCGUCGCCUCAACAUAUUGCACAACCGCUAUGGCAGCGUCCCUGAUGUCGUAGCCACUCUCGACCAGGACGAGGUGGAGGAGGUCAUGGGCGCUCUGCUCGAACUCCGAGCGCAAUUCAGAAACCUUCAGUGGUUUGGCGAGAUUAACCGCAGGGGCUUCGUCAAGAUCACCAAGAAGCUUGACAAGAAAGUCCCCGGCAUCUCGUCCCAGCACAGCUACAUCUCCACCAAGGUCGACCCCAAACCCUUUGCAAAGGACGGCAACAUCUCGAGGCUGCUCAACGACAUCAACCGCUGGCUGUCCGUCCUCGGCGAUGCCCAGAACUUGGAUGACUCCAAGUCGGAUCGCUCCACGCGUUCCCUGGGACGAGCCUCCGCAAAGGCCAUGCUGAACCUGCCGCAGGCGCAGCUCGACGUCCUUGAUCAGGCCGUCCGCACUGGUGAAGUCGAGGCGCUCAAGGCUGGCUUGGCUGAGGCGACGGUUGGGUCAGACUUGCAGAUGCAGAGUCUGCUGCUCAACUUGCUCCAACGCUCCAUCUCAGCCCGCUCGAGGAAGUGCAUUGCGCAUCUCCUAUCGCAGCUGAAGAGCCUCGACGAGCCGGACGACAUCAACGGCCGCAACUGCAUCCACCGUCUCGUCAUCCACAUUGGAAGGACCAAAUCCUCGCCUCAGGACGACGAUAGCGUUAGCGCAUAUCCCGUCCCCGUCGGGUCUCACUUCACCAACAAGCAUCUGCAGCCGGCGGUGUCGUCUACCGUCCCGGUCAAGGCCAUCAACACCAAGGAGUCCAAUCUCUUGAGCCAGGAUGACGAGGCCGUACAGCUACUCAUCUUUCUAUUGGAUCAGCUCAGCCCUGACCAGAGGAUUGCACUCAAGAGCCGGGAUUCGUUUGGUCGCCUGCCCCUGCACUAUGCUGCCCAAUUCGGAUUCGUUAUCAUCUGCCAGAUCAUCAUGAAGAAGAUGCAAGACUGGAACCAGUUUGAUUCUAAAGACGGCAUUGACGCCCCCGAGUGGCAGGACCUUGAGGGCUUCGCGCCGCUGCACCUCAGCGUCAUUGGGGGUCAUCCCUUGACGACGCAGGCUUUGCUCCAGGGCGAGAACUGGCAAGGAAGCAGCGAGGCCAAGGUCCAGCUCCGGAAGACUGUGCCCAAAUCGGGCGCGGUCCUGGCGCUGGCCACAAAGUCCAACUAUGAGCCCAUUGUCGAGAUGCUGGUCAAGGCAGGUGUGGACAUCAACUGGACCGACAAGACGGGCGAGACGGCGCUGCACGUCGCCGCCAGGUUCAACCACGUGGGCUGCGCUCGGAUCAUUGUCAAGGGGAGCGCGUCCCAAAAGGCCGACCUCGAGAUUGCCGAGAAUUCCUACUCGUGGACGCCCCUGCACGUGGCUGCCGUCGACGGCUCCAUCACUGUCGUGCAGCUCCUGAUCGAUAGCGGCGCAGAUGUGUCGCGCCCGGACGCCUCCGGCUGGACUGCAAAGGAACACGCGGCGCUCCGUGGCCACAUGGACAUUGCGCGACUGCUCGCUGCGCACACAGACGAAGACGAAGCCGCCUCGCGCGUUGCCGCCGGGAUGCAGCAGCCCGGCAACUCGCCCGAGAACUCUUCCAUUGAUGAGCGACGCUCUAACGGGGCGAACGCCAACAGCGGUCCCCGGCCAGCUGAGCCUGUCAAGAGUUUCGGUCACCGCUAUCUGACAAACGAAAGCCUGGUGCUCGUCAGUCUCGGGUCGAUGGACAUCCGCAAGACGACGGAUGCCGUCCACCUGGACCGUGUCCCUCUCACCGAGGCGCACAACACGCAGCUCGACACAGCACUUUCCGUAGUCAUCAGCGCCAACGGAGCUGCGGGCGAGGCGACGGUCGUUGAUCUGCCGGUCCAUGAGAGCAUCGCGACGGAGCCUGUCGUCUUCACGACGCAGGAUGCCACCAGCGUCAAGCUGCUCUUCGACAUUGUCCCGACAUACUCUGGAGGAAGCGGAAAGAACAAGAUCGGGCGCGCCGUGGCACUGCUGUCAUCUAUCAAGCCGACGUUAGGCACCCAGCGGAUGAACCUCCAGGGCGACGUCUGCGUUCCCAUCAUGUCGAGCAAUCUCGACGUCAUCGGUACCGUAAACUUCAACUACGUCGUCAUCACGCCCUUUCACCACCCAAACAUGGAGAUCACGUCGCGGCAGACGUACUGGAAGAAGAUGUCGUCGACGAUGCUCAUCGGUCACAGAGGCCUCGGCAAGAACCUGACUUCCAACAAGUCUCUGCAGCUCGGCGAGAACACGCUGCCCUCUUUCAUCGCAGCGGCCAAUCUGGGUGCCCAGUACGUCGAAUUCGACGUGCAGCUCACCAAGGACCAUGUGCCCGUCAUCUACCAUGACUUUCUCGUCAGCGAGACCGGCAUCGACGCCCCCGUCCACACGCUCACCUUGGAGCAGUUUCUGCAUAUCAACCCCGAUAAGGGAAGGGAUAGAAUCCAUCAUAGCGGGCCCAAAGUUGCCAACGGACGCACGGUUUCGCCUCGGCCAAGAAGCCACAGCUUCACGCCCAAGCGUUCACAGUCCAUGGGCUACGCCGGGAGCGGGCACGCGGAGAUGGAGGAGCGCAUGAAGCACACUCGGGACUUCAAGGAGAAGGGCUACAAGGCCAACUCCCGCGGCAACUUUAUCCAGGCUCCGUUUGCGACGCUGGAGGAUCUUUUCCGCAAGCUGCCCGAGGAGAUUGGCUUCAACAUUGAGAUGAAGUAUCCCAUGCUGCACGAGAGUGAGGAGCACGAGAUGGACACGUACGCGGUCGAGCUGAACUCAUUCUGCGACACGGUGUUGUCCAAGGUGUACGACCUGGCCGGAGAGCGCCACAUCAUCCUCAGCUCCUUCAACCCAGACAUUUGUCUAUGCCUCAGCUUCAAGCAGCCGUCGAUUCCGAUUCUGUUCCUCACCGACGCGGGGUGCAGUCCGGUCGGCGACAUCAGAGCGUCUUCGUUGCAGGAGGCGAUUCGGUUCGCAAGCCGCUGGAAUCUGUUGGGCAUCGUGUCGGCGGCAGAGCCGCUCAUCAACAGUCCGCGGUUGGUCAAGGUGGUCAAGGAACUAGGGUUGGUGUGCGUCAGCUACGGCGUGCUCAACAACGACCCAGCCAUGGUACAGCGACAAGUCAAAGAGGGCAUCGACGCUGUGAUUGUCGACAGCGUCCUGGCGAUUCGCAAGGGCCUGACGACGGCUGAGUCGGCCAGCGGAGAGCAAACACGAACGGCAACUACUCCCGAAUCAGAGGAGGGGCUCAAGACGUUGGAAGAGGGGCAGUGAUGUGCAUACGAAGUAUUUGCUUGCAUUUCUGGAGCGGGAGCCUUGGAGGAAACGUCUUUUCCUCGGGCCUAAUACAGCAUACACUAGCAGCAUGUGAUGAGCAGGGACCGGCUUUUUGCAAGGGAGACAUUUUCGCAGUAGCAGGAUUCGUUAGACGGCUGAAUCUGUCUGAGGAAUCCGUGUUGACGGCGAGACGACACUCCAGGUUGACGGAUUCAUCAUGUAUCUCGGAGCUGACGGACACAACAAUUCAGCGGUUGCGGACCGCGAGACAGGGACUGCACCUGCUCGCCGGGUCACGCACAAUGACUCGCCCCCUUGUUGAUUCUCUUUUCCCUGGUGUUUCGCUAACGACAUGCUGCUCGCCAGUUGCUACGUAGCCACCGGGUGGGUAUCGAGCCCCAAGUCCCGUCACCUGAUGCGAU